UAUGCGGACAAUGCUCAAUGCCACUCACACUCACUAUGCUCAGUUUCCACUCCCCUCUCGGUUCUCUCACUCACCCCAAACCUCUCCAAACGCUAAACCCUAAUCCAGCCCUCCGAUUUUUACCUCCGGUCGCUGGCACCACUUACAUCUCCGGCAACGACGCGGGCUUGCGCUUCCGCGAAAAGCUUCUCUUCCUCGAACACGACCUUGGCGUCAAUUCACUCCGCGCCCUUUCCCUCAACCCUAGCCUCCGCUCCGCUCCUCUCUCCUCUCUCAAAUCGCUAUCGUCCCUCCUCUCCUCCUUCGGCCUACUUCAAUCCGAUUCCUCUCGGGUCCUCUCCCUCCACCCCUCCCUCCUCACCGCCGAUCCAUCCGCCUCAAUCCUCCCCGCCAUCCACUUCCUUCUCGACACCGUAUCCAUCCCCUUCUUGGACCUUCGCCUCUCCAUCAACCGCUGCCCUAGACUUCUCCUCUCCAGUGUCCCCGAUCGCCUCCUGCCUUCCUUUAAUUUCCUCCGUGGCCUCGGCUUUGUCGGUCGCCACCGCAUCACCGCUCGUACUACUGUCCUUCUCAUAUCUGAUGUUGAGGAGACGCUCAUUCCCAAGCUUGAUUUUGUCCAGAGCCUUGGGUUUUCUUAUACGGAUACUGUGAAAUUGGUUUUGAGGAUGCCUAGUCUGCUCACUUUUAGCGUUGAGAAGAAUUUUCGGCCUAAGGUGGAGUUUUUAGUGGGGGAAAUGGGGAGGGAAAUUGUGGACUUGAAGGAGUUUCCGCAGUACUUUGCUUAUAGUCUUGAGGGAAGGAUUAAACCGCGACAUACAAUGAUGGUAGAGAGAGGCUUUGGCUCCUCAUCUAUUUCACUUGGGGAGAUGCUCAAGGCCAGUGAUGGAGAGUUUCGAGAACGGCUACUAGAGAUGCGGCUUAGUUCCGUGGGUGAGAAAUUGUAGCUUGGUAUGAUGUGGGUUUCUUUUCCCCUUUCCAAUUUUUUGAAGAAGUUGCAUGCCUCCUAGAUGCAUACUUAGAUUUGUAAAUGUAAAAUAUUUGAUGGGCCUGCCACAUUAGUAUUGUUGUAAUAAGUACAAUUCCCUGUAUGUUAUUAUAUUUUUAAUUUUUGCUUAUUUGGCUACCCAAUA